AGCCAACCUAACGUAGAUUAGCCAGCCGCAUCCCCAACCCUAAUUACUCGAUCGUCCAUUUCAUCUUCUUCUACUGCGAAUCAAAAUGUCAUCUGCAUCUUCAUCACCUGCCAGAAAAGGACGAACCAUUACUCUUGAUUAUGAGCCGGCGGUGUACUGUUAUUGUGCUUUGAAGGCCCCCUUGUGCGUAGCUCGGGAGAGUGGGAGAACAUUCUACGGCUGCCAAAAAUGGAAGGUUGGAUGUGGAUAUUUUGUGUGGAAAGAUUCUCUGGAAAGUAGAUAUGCAGUUCAUGGUGAAGAAGUGAAUCAAGAUAUGUUUGAAGGAAAGAGCAUGAUCUCCAAGCUAGCUGACCAGUUAAGCGGAGUACAAGGAAAAAUUGAAUGUCUUCAGGAGGUUGUUGAAACUGAAGCGAAGGAUGCUAAAAAGUUUAGAAAAGUGGUUGGAGUUGCUGUUAUUGCAGUUCUGGGUUUCCUUACCAUGGUUUACUGUAAUCAGCUUCAAAUGUAAUACUUUGAGUAGACUAUAAUUGUAGUACUUAGGAAGCUUGGUCUGCAUUUUGUACUGCUGUGUAAGACUCGGUUGGAAUGCAUUAGUGUAAUAAACAAUGAGUGAUGGCCUUGAACUUGUGUUGUACUAUCCUUGACUCCUUUAAUAAAGUGUGUGUAAGAAUUGAUUGCUUGGCCUACUUUUUC